UCCCGCCGUGCCAGGCGGGCAUGCAGAAGCCAGCGUGUGUUCAAAGUCUGGUGUAACUAAACCUCCCCCUCCUCCAGUGCAGCGAGCGCUGGCACUCUUCCACCUCUCUUCCCUGUCAAUAGGAUUUUUCCUCCUAUAAUAUCUCUGCAUGCUGCUGUGUUUUAACAUCCUUUGCUUUGGGCACCUAAUUGUGCAUGUGCAGAGCAGCUGUGCUUAAACUUCUGGCUGGAGCCAGCCUCUGUGCAAGGGAAAGCCACAUCCAAUGUGGAUUGCCUGCUCGCAAAAUGCGAAUUUGAGCUGGCAGAGACGGUGGGCAAUGUGGGAGGGGGCUGGAGAUCUCAUCCCUUCUUUACCUGUCAUCCCCACUAUGAUGUGUGCCUCUGAUUAAAUCAAUGCUGAGCUCUGCGGCCCCUUGCAAAAUGUGCUGUGGUGGGUGUUGAGCACCCGUGGUCGUCCCUCCCCGGCUGCAGGCAGUUGUGUGCCCCAAGGAGAUGCUCUGGCAAAGAGCGGGUUCCUCUGCUCAGGUGGGAUUUGCAUCCAGUUCCCCCAGGCUUUUAGAAAUCUUACUAUCAUCUUUGCAUGCUUUUGUGCCCGACAUCUUGUAAAUCUGGGCAUGGCAUGGGUGUAAAAGGUGUUCUUCAGCCCUGGGCAGCCUCAUCGGGCUCCUCUGGAUGUUAAGGGGAGACCUCACUCCAGACGAAGUCGUUAACCUCGUAAAUCAGGGACUACAGGAUGGAGAAAGGGAUUUCCGCAUCAAAGCCAGGUCUAUUCUAUGCUGCAUGCGCCAUAUGCCAAGCUGGUCUCAGGAGGUGGUGGAGCUCUGCAAGAAGUAUCAAAACAACUCUGUGGUGGCCAUCGACCUGGCUGGGGAUGAGUCCCUGAAGGUGGAGGAUUCCUCUGAGCAUAAGAAGGCUUAUGAGGAAGCUGAAAGAUGUGGGAUUCAUCGUACUGUCCAUGCUGGGGAGGCCGGCCCGCCUGCCAUUAUCAAGGAGGCAGUUUAUCUCCUGAAGGCCGAGCGCAUUGGCCAUGGCUACCAUGUCCUGGAGGACCCCGAGCUCUACAAGGAGCUGUUGAGAGCAAAGAUGCAUUUUGAGGUCUGCCCUUUGUCCAGUUAUCUCACUGGAGCAUGUCUUCCGGACUUUGGGAAACACCCAGUAACGCAAUUUAGGAAGGAUCGUGCUAACUAUUCUAUAAACACGGAUGACCCCCUCAUCUUUAACUCCAAUAUCGACAAGGAUUACAGCAUAGUGAAGGACUACAUGGGCUUCACAGAAGAGGAGUUCAAACGAGUGAACAUCAACGCAGCUCAGUCCAGCUUCUUACCCGAGAAGGAAAAGCAGGAACUGCUGGACACGCUGUACCAAGCCUACGGGAUGGUCCCCAACGCAUCGUGACCCAUCCCUGCGAGCCAGCGUGGAGCAGCGGCCCUUCUUCAUGCGUGCAUGACCCUCCUCUGCGCUAGUGGGAGCACCGGGACAAGGUGCCCUGAGUCAGUCUCUAUUACUGGCACCCCCGUGUUAACCCUUACCGUGCUAAGCAGAAUCAGGCUAUCACAUACACCUACCUAUACCCCCCCAAACUCUCUUCCAAAUGGAUAUCCAGCUUCCUAUCUCGCUGUUGUGCAAGCAGACUGAAACUGCUUCCUGGCCUGACUCCCUUCUCCAUCUGCCAGAACCUCCCCUGCUUUACCUGUCCUGCCCCACCAACCUGCCUAGCCCUUGUCUGCAGUGCAGAAAUAACCACCUUUAACUGCGCCUGUGGCCUGGGUUAAUAUUCUUCUUUUUAGGGAAAAGGUGUGUUAGUGCUGACGGAGUGAGCAGGCACUUCAGCAACAGAGGCUUUAUUCCCAUCCGUGUGGGUAGGAGGGUUUGGCCACAGCUAUAUUUACCCAGGGUUAGUCUUGGACUAGCAAGACUGGAACAAGAACAGGCUGGAAGCUGGCGCUCUUGCCCGUGCGCAGGUCUGAAGGGCAUUUAAAAAAAAAAUACAAUUUUUUUUGGCAUCCUUUCUUGGGUAAGGCCUCCUGUGUAUCAGGCCUCCCAGUGUCACUGCUGCAGAAGCGCACACCUUGGGCUCAGGUUCCAGCUGUGCUCACAGCUGGCCAUGACCAUGCUCACACAUGCAUAGGAAGUUGGAACAUAUUUUUACCGUUUUGGGCCAAAAUCUGCCUUCUGGGACUUUUCCCAGUGUUGUGCUCAUCCUGGAGAAUUCCUGUGAACUGCAGUUUGCUCUUCCUCUAUCUUUGUUUAGGACUUGGGAAAACCAUGAUCGAUUGCCUGUUUUAACCAUUCUGCCCUCUUCCUGACAUAAUCUUUAGGCACUAUUAAAACGGAGUAAGUAAAUGUUGACUCAGGUCCCAUUUCAAUUGCUUCUCUCACUCAACCACAAUGCUGGCUCCAAGUCAGAUCUUCGGUUUGGUGGAGAAUUUCUACAGAAAUACUCACCAAAAGUGAUUUUGGUGCGUUACGGUAUUUUUACUUAAUAUGCAAUAGAACUGUGCAUCCAGAGAGGAGACCAUCAUUUUCUUAGGUGAGUGUGUGGUGUGCUUGAGCAUCCCAGGUGUCUGCCAAGAUGCUUACUCCAAAGAUACUGUACCAAAAAGUUGCCUUUGACAAGGGGCUGUGGUUGCCAUUACCGUGGACAGUGUGUGAGACUGGUCCGGUCUCAGCCAGCAGCCACUGUGUGCUGGGAGCAUUUCCAUUCUUUCUGGACUUACAUAGUUGUCCUCUGAGUAAAAAACUCAUCUCUGAAGUACAUGGUGCAUAUAUACACCUCUAUAUAUAGCUAGAUAGAUGGAUAUGAGAGUGAAUUUCUUACUUUUAUAAAGCAAAUGAUAAAGCAUCACUUUUAAGAACAUGAUUGCAGUAAGAACUGGGCUUUUUGGGGUAACUUUUCUGCAAAAAAUUGUUUCUGAAGAAGAGUUGCUUGUUUGGA